AUGAAUAAUAUAUCAACAACUACAAUCGAUCCAACUGCUGUAAAAAUAAAUAUUGUUAGUGCAGGAAUACUACAAUAUGGAGGACCAAGUCUUUUUAUUCUUGGAAUGAUUGGAUGUAUAUUAAAUAUUAUUAUAUUUUUUCAACCAUCAAUGCGAAAGAAUUCAUGUGCAAUUUAUUUUCAUGCAAAUUCAUGGGCUAAUCUCUUUAGUUUAUCAUGGGGUCUGUUAGCUGAUACGCUUACAUUCUUUACCCACAAUGACCCAGCUACUUAUAAUGAUAUUUAUUGUAAAAUUCGUUUUUUUAUGAUAGAUUUCUCACAAUAUUCAAGUCGAGCUUUUCUUGUCUUAGCAUGUUUGGAUCGUUUUCUUCUUUGUUCAACAUCAGUUCGUCAACGACAAUUUUGUCGACCUAUUAUAGCGAAGAAAAUGAUAGUUUUAGGUUUACUUUUCUGUGCAUGUAUAUCAAUUUAUAUUUUAAUAACAUAUAGACCUCAUCAAACAAUACGUCCCUGUAUGGUAGCAACAGAAGCUGGAUUUAUAUAUGAAAGUAUUGGUAUUCCGAUAUUCAAUGCUUUACUUCCAGCAUUAUCGAUGAGUAUAUUAGGUUGGCUAACAGUGAAACGAUUAAAAGCGAAUGCGAAACGAGUUGGACGUGAAAAGAUUCGUGUGGAUGGUAAAGACAAUCAAUUAGUAAUAAUGCUGAUUGCACAAGUAGUUCUAUUUUUGGUGACAAAUAUACCAUUUGUUGGUAUUAUUCUUUAUUUACAAUUUACAGAAAAUAUACCAAUAUUAAGUAAAUCACCAGAUCGAAUUGCUAUUGAAACACUUUCAGCCAUUGUAUUUGCAACUGUUUUUCCUUAUGGUUUCAAUGGGUGGUCUUUCUUUGUUUAUACAUUAACUGCACCAAGUUUUCGUCGUGAAUUUAUAAUGAUAUUUCCUCGUUCAUGUCUAUGUAAAACACCACACAACAAUGAUCAACAUGCAAGAACGCAUACUAGCCGUAUUCAUCCAACGAAUCAAAAUAUUGCAUCUAUUAAUCCUUAA